UUAACCAGUAAUCUGUGGGCACACCUACCAGCUGAUAUCAAUCUGGAACCUACCCCAGAGGUUAUAAGAGGAUUUGGUAGGAAUGGGCCGAUUGGUUGAGGCAGUCAGAAUGGGCUCAUGGGGAAUGAUGGUCUCCAUCACGCUACUGCUAUGGGUUGCUGCAUGUAUAUCAGCCAAAAUUUCCAACCUGGAGCCUCAACAGGAGAGCCCUAUCCCAGGUGAAACUGCAGAGCUCAAGUGUGGGACACGUCCUGAAAUUGGUGAUGAACCAGACCUGGAAUUCACUUCCCGCAUUGUGGGAGGAGGAGAUGCUGCUGUUGGAGGACAACCAUGGACGGUGUCGCUAAAGCUGAAUGAGAGGCAUAUCUGUGGGGGCAGCAUUGUGCGCAAGGACAUGGUGGUAACUGCGGCCCACUGUGUCUAUCCUGUGACUGAGAUAAAAGUGAGCCACAUGACUGUGAUUGUUGGCGAAUAUGACCAGCAAGUUAUGGACAGUCAAGAGCAGAGCAUCCCCGUAUCCCAUAUAGAGCCGCACCCAAAUUACAGAGGGGAUGGGAACAUGGGCUAUGACAUUGCUCUUGUCUUUCUGUCUAAGCCAAUCAUCUUUGGCUCCCAGGUGCAACCCAUUUGCCUUCCGCAGGUGGGAGAGAAGAUUGAAGCCGGAACCUUGUGUGUUUCCAGCGGCUGGGGGAGGCUUGAAGAAAAUGGGGACUUGUCCCCAGUCCUACAGGAAGUAAAACUGCCAGUCAUUGAUAAUGGCACCUGCCAUGCUGUGUUGGAGCCCAUAGGGCAUCCCGUAUUAGAUGACACAAUGUUAUGUGCUGGAUUCCCAGAAGGAGGGAUGGAUGCCUGCCAGGGCGAUUCUGGAGGACCCUUUGUAUGCAGACGGCGCUCUGGGGUGUGGUUCUUGGCUGGAUGUGUAUCCUGGGGCCUUGGCUGUGGGAGAAGCUGGGGUGCCAAACAGAUCAUACGCAGCCAGAGUGGAUCCCCUGCAAUUUUCUCCAGGGUCUCCUCAGUGUUGGACUUCCUGAGACCCCCUAAACUAACUGGAGGCUGCAGUUCUAAAGGAAGGACAAUUACUGGUAAAAAUGGAACAGUUAGGUACCCCCUAAGUGGCAACUAUUCCAUUAACAGUGUUUGCCGCUGGAUGUUGGCGGUACAGAAAGCUAAAAUGAUCGAAAUCCGAUUUCUCCAGUUGGAUAUAGAAGAUCAUGCCACUUGCACUUUUGACUAUUUGUCUUUUACGGUGAACGAGAAAAUGAUCCGAAAGGUUUGUGGAUCCACCAUCCCUUCUCCUUUAAUUGUGCGCUCUAAUAAAGUAACAGUCACUUUCUUCUCUGACGGGACCUUCACAGGCCGUGGAUUUGAGAUCCAGUUCUUGGCAAUACCAACUAAAGCAGCAUCUGCCUGUGGUAGUGCCAAGAUUUUGAAGAAGAAAGGAAUGAUUUACAGCCCUAAUUAUCCUGAUCCAUAUCCCAGACUAAAGACUUGUAGCUGGAUUAUUGAAGCCCCAGAGAAUCACAUUGUUAAGCUGAAAUUUGAAGACUUUAAUGUUGAGUAUGGACACGGGUGUAUAUACGAUGCCGUGGAGGUUUAUGAUGGCGCUGAAGAAAAACAGCUGAUUGCUCGGCUCUGUGGAUAUACUCUCCCACUCCCAAUCUCCAGUCCAGAAAAUACUAUGCUGAUACGCUUCAAGACUGACAUGGAGAAUAGUUACCCAGGUUUUAAGGUCAAAUUCAGCUUUGUACCAAAAGAGAAGCAAUUUUCACUUCCUGUUGAUGACACUCCUACAAUCAGCAUGCUCCACCCAAGAGCCAUUGCACUAGAUGUCUGUGGCAUGGCUCCCAUGACCCCAAAGUGGUGGCUGCCUCGUAUUGUUGGCGGAGAAGAAGCCAGUCCAAAUAGCUGGCCAUGGCAAGUUCAGAUCUUUUUCCUAAAAACCUUUCAUUGUGGAGGUGCCAUUAUUUCACCUCAGUGGAUUCUGACUGCUGCUCACUGUAUACAGGCCGCUGAACCCUCUUAUUGGACUGUCAUUGCUGGGGACCAUAAUCGGAUGCUGAAUGAGUCAACAGAGCAGAUUAGGAACAUUAAGACCAUCCGGAUCCAUGACAACUAUAACUCUGAAACCUAUGAUAAUGACAUUGCCUUGUUGUAUCUAGAGGAGCCACUGGACUUGAAUGAUUUUGUAAGGCCGGUGUGCCUCCCAGAACCAGAAGAGGUGCUUACCCCUGCCUCCGUGUGUGUGGUUACUGGUUGGGGGAACACUGCUGAAGAUGGUCAACCUGCUCUUGGUCUUCAGCAGUUGCAGCUUCCCAUCCUUGACAGCAUAAUCUGCAACACAUCCUAUUACUCUGGGGAGCUGACCGACCAUAUGUUGUGUGCAGGAUUCCCCUCCACUAAGGAAAAGGAUGCGUGCCAGGGGGACUCUGGAGGCCCACUGGUUUGCCAAAACGAGAAGGAGCAAUUCAGUAUUUAUGGCCUUGUCAGCUGGGGUGAGGGAUGUGGGCGAGUGUCGAAGCCUGGAGUAUACACCAAAGUCCGCUUGUUCUUUACGUGGAUACAAAACACACAACAGGAUCUUCAACAAGAGAAUGCCCUGCUGAACAGCAAGUCGGUGGAGCAAAGAGAAGGGAAGGCUGCUGGAGGAUGUUCUUCUGACGUGUUGGUGGAAGAGUUGGUUGGCCUCAUUGCUUCUCCAGGUUAUCCAUUUGGUUACGCUGGUGGAUUGCGCUGCUCCUGGGUAAUUGAGGCAGCACCAUUUAGCAUAAUUAAACUGACCCUGAAGGACCUGUCCAUAGAAGAGUCUGAAGACUGCCUUAAUGAAUUUUUGGCUAUCUAUUUGGAUGAUUCCAUUGACAAAAAAGUUACACGAUGUGGUUCCCUGCAUAAUAAAGUGACCUACUCUAGUUCUGCACAAAGAGUCGGGGUGCACUUUCAGUCAGGGGAUGGUGGCUCCAAUAGAAACCAAGGCUUUUUCCUACAGUACUGGAUAUAUAGUGUGCAAGUUCCUGAUUUGGCAGAGUUUACUGGUCUCUCCCAAGGCCCCCGGUAUGGGUCCAGCUGUGAGGAUGUGAUUCUGACAUCCAGCGAAGGAGUGAUUGAAUCUCCCAACUAUCUCGGAAACUACCCUGAUGAUCUUCACUGCCAAUGGCGGAUCAUUGCCCCAGUGGGAAAAGUUAUACGAGUUGAUUUACUAGAACUUAAAACAGAGAAAGAUGUGUCUGGCUGUCAGGACCCACUCCUGGUGUAUAAUGGCAUUGGAGAAAGCAAGGAUUUAUUGGGUGUCUACUGUGGAGAAAUCCGCUCCAUUUCCUUAAAAUCCGAGGGCUCGGAGAUCACCCUGAUAUUCACCAGCAAUUCUGAAGUAUCCGGGAAAGGGUUUAGCCUGAAAUAUUCCUUCUGGGACAAGCAAGCAGGAUCCAAACAGCUGGAAGAAAAUGCUGCCUCAGUUGGGUGUCCUGCCCUGGACCUCAUCCAGCCAGAAUCCAUGGAGCCUGGAUCAGCAGAGCUAGAAUCCCCCAAUUUUCCCAGUUUGUACUCAAACGAAAUGGACUGCCAGUGGAUUAUAUACUCAAAAUAUGGGAAAAAACUGCAAAUUGAGGUCCUUUACUUGAACUUAGAGGCAUCACCGAACUGUUCCUGGGACUAUCUCAAUAUUUAUGAUGGCCCCAACAAUUCAUCUCAUCUGCUGGCCAGUCUUUGUGGCCACCAACAGGACCUAGUCUUCCACUCAAAUGGUACAUUUGUGACCCUCCAUUUUCACUCUGACAAAUCGGUAGUGGACUGGGGCUUCAAGAUUCAAUAUGGUGCUGUGCCUGAGCCUUCUGAUACACUGAGGAGCUUGGAUGUUCCUGAAAGCGAGUCUGAUGACAGUGAGCCAGAUGAAAGUGAGACUAAACAGCAAAAAGACCAGUGUGGGAAUACGACUGUAGACCCCAUGAUGCUGUAUAUGGCAAGGUCAGGUAAAAUACGAAACCUGAAUAAAGGUGGAAAAGAGAGUGGCCGUGUUGUGGGAGGACAACAAGCUGCCCCCAGAUCCUGGCCUUGGCUAGUCAGCAUACAGAACUCCAAGAAGCGCCACUACUGUGGAGGAAUCAUCAUCACUAAUAAGUGGAUACUUACAGCAGCACACUGUGAGGUCAAGAUUAACUUGCACAGAGUGGUCGUGGGGCAUACAGACUUGACUGAAGUGCAAAAUGAACAUGCCUUGGUGAUCAAUUCACACGUUCAUGAACUUUAUAUGCCGGGCUCUUCACCCCCUAGAAAUGACCUUCUCCUCCUGGAGCUGGACACACCUCUUCUCCUUAACAAUUCAGUGGCUGUAAUCUGUUUGCCUGAUGAUGUAACAACAGACUGGACACAAGCUGAGUGCUUGGUUGCAGGAUGGGGAGUCACCGAUGUUGGAGGGAUGACUCUUCCAACCAAACUCCAACAAGCUAAGGUGCCCAUUGUUUCCACAAAAAAGUGCAAGGAUUACUGGGUAUCGGACGUAACCGAUAACAAUAUAUGUGCUGGAAAAGCUGGAGCUUCAUCUUGCAUGGGUAGAACUCCACUGGCGUUUCGGCGCGAUCUGCAGCGAUGCGAAAAAAUGCAGGCUGCAAGUCAGAUGCACCGGAAAUAAGGUAAGAGAUGGAAA